AUGUCUAAACUUCGUGGCUGGGCAGAGAAAGGUUGUAAGUCUUUUACUGAAGCAUUGGGGUUUAGAACCAAACGAAUCACUCUUAUUGGUGGUUAUUGCUAUGGAACCAAGGAGCUAAUUGCUCCGAUGGAAUAUGACGGUUAUACGAAUACUGAGGUAUUUUUGUCUUGGGUUGAGCAUUGUUUAUGCAAAUAAUUAAAAUCAAAUCAGAUAGUAAUAAUGAGUUUGCCAAUAAACAAACUCAUAUUAAUGGUAUAGAAAACUUUUAGAGCUAUGCCAAGAUGA